AUGGCACAAAAAAUUGUUUAUAAGUGGUACAACGAAUUCAAGGCGGGCCGAAAAUGCGUUGAAGACGAACUGCGCUCUGGACGAUCAUCAACGUCUACCGACGAGGGUCACGUCCAAAAAAUCAAAGAGAUGGUGCUUGGAAAUCGUCGAUUGACAACUAGAGAUCUCAUUGCUAGUGUUGGAAUAUCAUUUGGCUCAGCCCAAACCGUUGUGAAGGAUGUUUUGGGUCUCAAACGCGUCAAGUCUCGAUUGGUGCCAAAAUUGCUCAAUUUUUAUUUUUUGUUUUUUUUUGGUUCUUCGCCACUUUUUUUCCUGAAAACUUGA